AUUUAGAUUUGGUUGUGGAUUCAAUUAUGUAAUAGGUUCAAGUUGGAUAAAGAUAACUUUUGGCAAGUUCAAUUUUGCAAUGGGUUAAACUAUUAACAUAUUCCAUAUGCAACCGUUGACAUUAAAUAGACCAAUUUCCUUGAUAGAUAAACAAAGAAUCAUUGACAUAAAAUAAAUUAAAUUUCUUUACAUAAAUAAGUCAACUUCCUUGACAUGUGAACAUGUCAAAUUCAACCUUGACAGAAGAUCAAAUGACUUUAACAUAUACGUUGAACACAAAGUUGACCGAGGUAGAGGAAACCUUGAUAUAUGCCAUACCAAUAAGAUUCUACUAUUAGUUAAAAAAAGAGAGAAUCUCGAUAUAUGUAUAUGUCGAAGCUAGUUUUAAACUUUUCUUUACAUUGACAUGGAUUGUUAUAGGAGCAUUGACUUACUUUGAUAAAUAUACCGUACCUUGAUUAGGAAAAUUUGUCAAUGAAGACCUUUUUUCUUGUUGUAUUUAUUAGUGAAGGAAGUUUUCGGGCUCCUAGAAUCCUCAUUCCCCAUUGCUAUAAAGCAUGCCUACUUUAACAAGAGGUUUGAAAAGUUCUAGUCAUCCCUUCCUUAAUAUUUGCCUCUUGAAAGUUGAACUUUUACUCUUACUUCAACUAAAAAAUUUCUCCUUCCACAAGCAUUGACCAUUUCAUAGGAAAAAAAGACUAGUGUUUUUAUCCAUGUUCCUUAACCAUAAUUCCCUUGAUUUCUAUCUACAUGUAGUUUCUUCCAUUGCAGCCCAAAUGCAAAAUUCAUUCAUCUUUGCUCUUCUAGCUUCUGACUCACCAACGGAGAGGAUAGAUUCCAUCUCCUUGGAGUCCCAGGAGCUGAUUUUCUUGAAGGGCUCACUUCCUGGUGGAAACAUUUUUGAAAACCUAUUAAUUUGUUCCAUUUUCUAAGGUGCUGUUUGAGGGCCUUUCGCUAAUUUGCUGUCAAAAUAUGCCUUUUGCACGCGGCGUGACCCGUGCUUCUUGCAUGGAAAUUCAACUUUUCUCUUAGUUAUGAUGACCCACGAUCUAAAAGGAGUAUUAUGAGAUCCAAUGAGUGGUUUAUAUAUAGAUCAUGAUGCGAAUAUGAAGGUCAAUGCAGCAUUCAUACACACCACGUACCUCCUAAUCACACUGCUUAUUACUGCAUGUGGCUGAAAAGUUACGAGAAAAAGAGAAAUUCAUGCAAUAUGGAAUGGUGAUAAUCACUUGGACCAAAUUGUAGGUAAGAUGAGACAGAAAAUUUAAGAAAUUAAUCAACCCCAACUAGUCAAGACCCAAUCCUAUAUCCACUCUCAGCCAAGAAAAAUGCUCUUUUUAUUCACUCCCGAACAGGGUCAGAAGGAAUCAAAUGGGGUUCCACUGCUAAGGAAUUUCUUUCUACAUCCUAUCUCUUCCAUUUUUGUAUGGUUCAGCUUUAAAUCAACUCCACUUUCAUUAUAACUAUUACCAUUAAUACCAUUUGAAAGAUCAGGCCUCUUGGAUAAUCCCAAGAGUUGAAUUAUAUUACUUGCGACUUUUCUCUGCUUCUUCAGUUGGAGAAGAGGGGCUGAAGACAAAAUUCAAUAUUCCAAAAGAAGAAAGAAAGAAAAAAGAAAAAGAAAAAAGAAAGGAGAUAUGCAUCGUUUGGCAGUGAAAAGCAAUCUUGUUGAUUCUGGGUCUGAAACAACCAAGCUUGGGUUGGGAGACAAUGAGCUUCCCCUCUGCCCCAAGCCUCGUCGUCUUGGAUCCGCCACAUCUGAAAUCCUCAAGCCCCUCAGAUGUAACAAACACAGCCAACCAAACAUGGAUGGAAGAAGCGGAGUUGUCAGCAUGAUCACCGAAAAGACAGUGUGCUGUGGGUGCUUAGCAUCGGAUUAUUCAGGGUCUCCACCAGGCCGAACCCAUAACCCCUUGGUUCACGACGUGCAGUUCAUGCAUCAGAUGGAGAUUCUAUCGUCAUUGACCCGAUCGAACCAAGCUCUCUGAUAAGUUGGGUAAUUUUGCGUCCACCACUCCUCCCAUCUAAGGCUGGAGAAAUGAUGCCGUAACUCGCCACAAGAAUUAGUUUGUUUGCAUGGCUUUGUAUGCGGCAGCUUUGGACGCACCAUUUUUCCUUUCCUUCAGUUUUUAUUUUUUUGUUUUUUGUGAUGAGGCCUUUCUGUAUAAAUACAAUGAGGAUGUACCAGAUAUGAGCAUGCCUUCAACAACAUGAACCUGUCCGCAUUGAUGGUUCGGAGGCUGAAUUCCGACGACUUAGUUGUGGGCUCAGAGCUGUGUGUGGAAGGCCCCUGGCCCCUACAAUAAAGACAAGCUGCCUCCUUCCAUUAUCAAGAAGCGUAGUGGGCUCGGCUUGCUUGUGGAUUAAAAGAUGGGAAAUUUUCCAGGGAAAUUUCAGUGAACCCAAGGUCCACUGAGGCAACUUGGCCCUUGUUUGUAAAUUUUCAUAGCAAAUAAAAUUGUAAAAUGGAACUUUAUUUGAA